UAAAUAACAGCCAUUCUUCAGUGUUUUCGGUGUUCCCGUAAACAAACUGCUUGCAAGUCGCCACUUCUUCAUCUUUCACUCGCUUUAGAUCUAUGGCUACCAUCCAAAGUAUCAAGGCAAGGCAGAUCUUCGACAGCCGUGGCAAUCCUACCGUCGAGGUAGAUUUGAAGUGCUCCGAUGGUACCUUUGCUAGAGCUGCCGUUCCCAGCGGUGCUUCCACUGGGAUUUACGAGGCUCUUGAAUUAAGAGAUGGAGGAUCUGAUUAUCUCGGUAAAGGUGUAUCAAAGGCGGUUGAUAACGUGAACAAAAUUAUCGCGCCUGCAUUGAUUGGCAAGGACCCGACUGAGCAGGUUGCCAUUGACAAUUUCAUGGUUCAGCAGCUUGAUGGAACUGUUAAUGAAUGGGGUUGGUGCAAACAAAAGCUUGGAGCAAACGCCAUAUUGGCAGUGUCUCUUGCAGUCUGUAAAGCUGGUGCUAGUGUCUUGAAGAUUCCUCUUUACAAGCAUAUUGCAAAUCUUGCGGGUAACAAGAAGUUGGUGUUGCCUGUUCCCUCUUUCAAUGUCAUUAAUGGUGGAUCACAUGCUGGAAACAAGCUUGCCAUGCAGGAAUUUAUGAUUCUUCCUGUGGGAGCAUCCUCUUUCAAGGAAGCCAUGAAGAUGGGUGUGGAAGUAUACCACCAUUUGAAGGCUGUCAUUAAGAAGAAGUAUGGUCAAGAUGCAGUGAAUGUUGGCGACGAAGGCGGCUUUGCUCCUAACAUCCAGGAGAACAAGGAAGGACUGGAACUGCUGAAAACUGCCAUAGAGAAAGCUGGCUACACAGGAAAAGUUGUCAUUGGAAUGGAUGUUGCUGCUUCUGAAUUCUACAAAUCAGACAAAACAUAUGACCUGAACUUCAAGGAAGAGAAUAAUGAUGGCUCACAGAAGAUCUCUGGGGAUGCUCUCAAAGAUCUUUACAAGUCCUUUGCAUCAGAGUAUCCCAUUGUUUCAAUUGAGGAUCCUUUUGAUCAAGAUGACUGGGAGCACUACGCCAAGCUAACUGCUGAGGUCGGAACCAAAGUACAAAUUGUUGGUGAUGAUCUCUUGGUUACCAACCCGAAGAGGGUUCAGAAGGCGAUAGACGUAAAAGCCUGCAAUGCACUUUUGCUCAAGGUUAAUCAAAUCGGAUCUGUGACUGAAAGCAUCGAAGCUGUCAGGAUGUCCAAGAAAGCUGGAUGGGGUGUGAUGGCCAGCCACAGGAGUGGAGAGACCGAGGACACUUUUAUUGCUGAUCUUUCUGUUGGUUUGGCCACGGGUCAAAUCAAGACCGGAGCUCCAUGCAGAUCAGAGCGUCUUGCUAAAUACAACCAGCUCUUGAGAAUUGAGGAGGAGCUUGGUUCUGAUGCUGUCUAUGCUGGAGCAUCCUUCCGCGCGCCUGUUGAGCCCUACUAAGUUUUUAAGCUGAGAGAUAUGUAGCAUUGCAUGAGUUAGGAGCAGUGCCGGUAUGGUUUCAGUUGUGUGAUGAAUAAGAUUAUAGUUAGAAAGAGAGUGCCACUCUUGUUUACAGGAGUUUUUUGCUAAUAAUUCUUGAAUUUUGAUUUCCGGAGCAGAUACUGUAUUUUGCUAAUUUGCGAGUUGGUUAAUGUCAAGCUUCUUGAUAUUUGGACUGUG